AUGGUGACAAGCUGGGUUGGACUGAAGGAUGAUCGAGAAUGGGCCUAUAGGGUUGCCAUCGCGAUGUCGCUGGUAGUUUCAGUGCUUCCUUUGCUCUGCGUAUUGUUUUUUAUUCGAUAUACGAGUGUAUAUAUGCAACAAAUGGAUUCACAAAUGGAAUAUGACAUCGUAUUUUGUGAGGAUGUAGUGAAAGUUGCAUCCACAAUGAACAGCAAUCACAUUGUUGUCCAUCCUGCAGACGAAUUUGUAUCAUACUUUUUGGUGAAUUCAAAAAAGCAUAUUCGAAACUUGCGAAAAGCUCCACAGCUAUUUGAUUCAAAUCCACUACUUUCUCCAGGAGUGUUUGUUAAAAAAAACAGAACAGGUGGUCCAUGCAGAUGUGCUGCAGAAAGGGGUCCUAAAGGACCUCCUGGAAGACCCGGUAUGAAAGGCCUCCGUGGUGAAUCUGGAGUUCCAGGGAUUCCUGCGAUUCUUCCUUGCCAAAAAAAAAUCAAUCUGAAAAAAAUUUGUUUUGAUCCAUGCCCUCCGGGCAAACAAGGACCUCGAGGAAUAACGGGUCCAACUGGCGAUAAAGGUAAGCGAGGAAUACAAGGAAGUCAUGGAAAAAAUGGUGAAGACGGUGGUCCUGGUCCAGUCGGACCAAGAGGACCACCCGGAAUACCAGGCCUGGAAGGAGACUCUGGUGAUCCUGGUCCAGACGCGAUUCCUGCUCCGUUUAUAACUGGCCCUCCUGGUCCUGCUGGAGAUAUUGGACCAAUUGGCCCAUUUGGUCCAAGAGGAAUGCGUGGCAUUGAUGGACCCUUGGGUCCUGCGGGCAAAAGAGGCUAUCCAGGGCGAAACGGUAUUCCAGGUAAAAAAGGAUUACUUGGUCCAUAUGGUCCUACUGGCAAACAAGGAAACAGCGGUCAUCAUGGAGUUUGUCCAACCUAUUGCGCAAUCGAUGGAGGAGUUUUCUUUCUGGAUCCAGAAUGGUUACAUUAA